GUUAACAUCAUAUCCUAACCUAAAUUUAUUGCUUACAUUUGUCGUAAUAGUGUACUUCGUCUGCUUAUAUUUUACCAACUUGGAUUAUUAUAAGCAUUUUCAACUAUCAAUAAAACGACGAUUUAAAAUAAAAUGUCGUCUUCUUCAUCUUCGAAUGAAAAUAUACACGGCAGAUUACUUUGGCAAACUAGCAGUGAGGAUUCUUCAGAUUCUGAAAAUGAGAAUCGAGUGAAAAGUCCAAGAGCCCCUCGAAAUUUUAGAAGACGAGUAGAUCACUUUACACGUUGGAAUGACGAAGAAUUUCGAGUAAGAUUUCGCCUUAGUAAGGAAACAGUAACAAUGCUAGAACAGAGAUUUCAUAAUGUUUUAACACCGAAAACUGAAAGGAACUAUGCAGUAACAGCAAUGCAGCAAAUUCUGCUUGUGCUUCGCUUUUGUGCUACAGGAUGUAUGUUGCAAACUGUUGGAGAUUUCACUGGAAUCCAUAAGACUACUGCAUGUGGAAUUGUAAAACGUGUUAUUGGUAUAUUUGCAUCUUUAGCAGCAGAAUACAUCCAUAUGCCAAACACACAAGAAGAAAUUGAUGAAGUAAAAAGAAAAUUUUAUACUAUUGCAAAGUUUCCUCGCGUAAUAGGAGCCAUCGAUUGCACUCAUGUGAAAAUAAUUUCCCCAGGUGGAGCUAAUGCUGAGUAUUUUAGAAAUAGAAAAGGAUAUUUUUCUAUAAAUGUACAAGUAGUAGCUGAUCCAAAUUUAUUGAUAAGAAAUAUUGUUGCCCGAUAGCCUGGUUCAACGCAUGAUCAAACAUUACUGAACAAUAGCUCAAUAAAGGCACAGUUUGAAAAUAAUAGAUUUGGGAACUCUGUAAUGCUGGUAGAUUCAGAAUUUGCAUUAAAAAAAUACUUAAUAACACCUAUUGUUAAUCCAACAACUGAAGUGGAACAAGUAUUUAAUGAAUCUCAAAUUACGAGUCGAAAUCCAGUUGAAAGAUUAUUUGGUGUUUUAAAAAGAAGAUUUCCUGUUCUCUCCCUUGGUAUAAGAUUAGCUCUGGAGACAGCACAGACUCUUAUUGUAGCAUGUGCAGUUCUUCAUAAUAUAGCAGUUAAUAUGAACGAGCCAGAACCUCUCCAAGAUGAUGAUCAGAAUAGAGAAUGGGAGGAAGAAGAAAAUGUGAAUGGAAAUGAUGUUCAUAGAUUGGAACAUAACUUUAGAGAAGAAUUUCUUAUAUACUUUAUGAAUCUAUUAGAAGAAAAUCAAUAAACUAUUUUGUAUGAUAAUUUAUUGAAAUAUAUUUAUAAAUGUAUUUGCAAC